AUGUCUAACCCGAACCAAGACCCGUUCUACUCGUCCCCCUUUGGACCGUUCUACCGGAGGCACUCGCCCUACAUGGUCCAGCCAGAGUACCGGGUCUACGAGAUGAACAAGCGGCUGCAAGCGCGCACGGAGGUAGGCAAAAAGAGCGACACUAAUGCAAACGCCGAGGCUGGUUAUGUGGAAAGGACGUACAAGAACUGA